CAAGGUCACUGGAGCGAUCAUUGUGCUUCAACAUGUUGCAAUAUUAGUGUGUAAAGUUAUUAUUUGUCUUGGUGGUAAUUAUGAAAAUGUAUCUACCAAAAAGGAAAAUGUUGAUAGAAAAAUAAUUAAAAGAUG